UUCAGACAAGCUGUAGCUGCCUGAGAAGGAGGGCAGAGGAGGGAUUCCAGUCGCGUACUUCAUUUUGGUGAUUUCGACAAAGUGUCUCAAAAAAUAAUUUCUUUGCAGUGUACGGUGGCUAAAAAUUAAAUAUAAGGAACAAUGUCACAUCAGACGGGAAUUAAAGCAAACGAAGCGCUGAAGAAGAUUUUUGCCAAAUGCAGAGAUGGAAAGAUCAGAGUCUUGAAAGUUUCGAUAGAAAAUGAGGAACUAUCUCCAUCAACAUCAGCGAAACCCGUAGGAAAAUGGCGAGAUGACUACGACAAAAUGAUCAAGCCAUUGAUCGAGGAAAAUCAGCCUGCAUAUAUUCUCUAUCGUCUCGAUACUAAAUCCGAUUCCGCGUAUGAUUGGCUCUUCAUUUCCUGGUCACCGGACACUGCACCAAUUAGGCAAAAGAUGCUUUACGCUUCCACGAAAGCAACGCUCAAACAGGAAUUCGGCUCAGCCUCCAUAAAGGAUGAAUUGCACGGCACGGUUCCUGAAGACAUAAGUUUAGAAGGUUAUCACAAGCACAAAAGAAACGACGCUGCCCCGGCACCAUUAACUAGCGCCGAGGAGGAAUUAGCCGAACUGAAAAAAACGACUGUACAUACGGAUUAUAGCGUGGAAACGCGACAUCAAACUUUGAGCGGGGUGGCCUUCCCUGUCACCGAAGAAGCUGAACAAGCGAUCACGGAUUUAGGAAAAGGAUUGUACGAAUAUGUUCAACUGAAAAUUGACAUAGAGGAGGAGAAAAUUCAUUUAGUUAUGGCAGGAGAAGUUUCGCUGGAUAAAUUGCCGACUAAAGUCCCUUCUGAUUCUGCGAGAUAUCAUCUUUACAAUUUCAAGCAUACGCACGAGGGAGACUAUAUGGAAUGCAUAGUUUUCAUAUACAGCAUGCCAGGAUACAGUUGCAGUAUCAAGGAAAGAAUGUUGUACUCUUCGUGCAAGGCGCCUCUUCUGGAUCUAAUUCAGUCACUGGGAGUACAUAUUGCAAAAAAAUUGGAAGUAAAUGACGGAGAAGAGUUAGCGGACAUGAUGGAAGAUCCUCCGAUCAUAAGGGAACCGGGAUCAAAAACCCCUGGGACCCCGUCAACGCCAUGUAUCCCCACGAAUCCCGUAGUCGAUAAAAAAUACAAGCAAAAGCGUUCCUGCGUGUUGAGUUAACAGAUUGAAUUUGAUACUGCCGCCGCUUGCCAUUGUUUGAAAGUUGUUUUCCGUGUUUCGAUCGUUAAGUAAUACCUUCCAUCACAAAGUUCGAAUUUGUUAUUUGUGAUAGUACAAUAGGGUUGUCAUAGAUAAGAGGCAGAGCUUAAAGCUGAUCAAGUCUUUAUUUUUGGAAAGAUUAUAUCAACAUAGAUAAUUGAAACACAAAUGACACAAAUAUUGGAUAUGACUGACUCAGCUUUUGAGUUACUCUUUAUUUUUAAGGCUUAACUUAAACUUAGAUUGACGCAGGGCUGUUACAAAGUCACUUUCAGCUACUUUUUUUUAGAGCAAAAGGUUCGAUUUAGUGCGUUUUCGGCAUAAUUAUAAAACAAUUGAUACUUAACUAUAAUAAUACUAGUUAAAAAAAAAAUUAUUUAUCAUUUUUUGUUAAAUCACUUUAAUCUGGUUUAAAAAUACGAUUUUUAAAAUGCAAAGAUACAGGAUAUCACAAUGAUUAUGUGCAUUAUAGAAUAUAGAGAAAAACUUAAAUUCUACAUCAUAAAAUUGAAUUGAAUUAAAACAGUCUUUAAACUUUUAUGCUUUAUUAAAAUCCUUUUUACUUUUGCAAAUUUAAACUUACCUCGUAAGGUUCAUUUUCACUCAGACGUUUCAUAGUUGUAAACAUUUUCAAUUUUGCGGAUGAAUAACUCUUAGGGGAAAAAAUGAUAAAAUAAAGGAUUUACAGUAUGCAUAAAUCUUGUAUUUUAUCCCUCUGAAAAAUUUGGAUUCAGUUGCGAGCCUUUUUCUCCCGAAAUAUCAGUUUUCCAAAUAGCUCAAUUGAUUUUAUUACCGGUUCCUGAAUUUUUUCGUUUUCUUCCUACAGUUUAGAGUUUCAAACCGAAAAUUUUCAUAUAACAGCAUAAAAUGUUGAAAAAAGGGUACAACUAUUAACAGUUUGGCCAAAGAUUAAGUUAGCCAGGUAAGUUUCAAUUUGAAAAACUAAACAGAACGUUUUUAAUAUGGCUAUGUAAGUGCUAAAAAUGGUUGCUUUAGUUGUUAAAACACAAUUUUCUUUUAUUAUUUCACAAUAAAGUUAGUUUUGGAGUUUAAAGACGGUUGAGUACCUCUGAGUGAGUUAAUUCAAUUCAAUUUUGCAUCGUAGAAUUUGAGUUUUUCUCUGUUCUAUAAUGGACCUAGCGGCUUGGGGAAUAAAUAUAAAAAUAUGUUAAAGGUAUCAAAUUACUCGUCAUGGAAAACCAAAAUAAGCAUAGUUUUUUUGUUUGUUUUUUUAAUGUAAAAAAAA